AUGGCGUGCGACGAAGUAUCACCACCAAAAAAACGUUGGCAACAACGAAGUUGUUCAUCAACGCCUUCACCAUUAUCAGUAACGCCAUUUUCACUUGAGGCAAGUCAAUGGCGUCAUCAAAGUGUAUUAGUGCUUGACAAUCAGAAUUUAAACAUAUAUCAUAUGGGUACAAUUCUUGAUAUAAUUGAUUCUCAUCUUGUCACAAUAUCACUUCGUGAUCAACAAUCAUCAACAGUACAAGUUGAUCUAGCACGGCCGAUUUGUAAUCACCUACCAUCAAUUAUAAUUGAUAAUAUUCCGGCAUGUCAAGAACUUGUUGUUAAUACACAAGUAUGUGUUCGACAAAUUAAAACUAAUAAAUUGAAUCAAUUUCAAUGUGGCCGUAUACAAGCUAAACAUCCAACACGUUUAGAAUUUUCAAUUGAUUUAAAUAAUUCUCACAAUAAUACUAAUCAUAAUGAUGAUGAAAUUCAUCAAGAUGAAAAUGGUAAAGAAGAUGUUUGGUUUACAAGACAAAAUAUUCGUUUAUUAAUUGAACCAUGGCAUGAGGAAUUACGUCUUUAUCGUGAAAAUACAUCAAUGACAACUAUGUUUCGACCAAUAUCAGUUGAAUUACCAGCAAAUAAUAAUAAUAAUAAUAAUAAUAAUGAUGAACAGCAACAAACAGCAUUUCCAACGCCACCCAUUGAACAGAAAGAUGAAGAUGAUGAAGAAGUCGAAAGAGAAUUACAAAAACAAGAACAAGCAGCUAAUAAAUUACAAGGAAUAAAAAAAGGAGAUAUUUUUACAAUGGGUAAUACAGGAAUACGUAAAAAAUUUAAUGGAAAACAAUGGCGUCGUUUAUGUGGUAUCGAUCAAUGUCAGAAAGAAUCCCAACGGCAUGGUUUUUGUUCAAAACAUUUAUCACAAAUGCGUGAACCAAACGCUUUUUCUCAACAAAUGCAACGAUUUGUUGGUUCGAUGGGAAGUUUUCAUCCGGUUGCUGCUCUUCCAUUUCUUGCAGAAUUUUAUCAACACCGUUUUGAUUAUGGCCCAAUACUAUCACAAUCACACCCACCACCACCACCACCGCCACCAAUGCCAUCAAUGUACUCAUCGACGAUUCACGUACUACCAAAUGGAUUAAACACACUGUCUCCGAUUCGAUCAUAUUCAACACCGUCACCAUCAUCGACAACAACUUUACUAGUCACUUCAAACCAAUCACCCAGUGCUUUCGGCCCACUUCUACCUAUUGCUCGACAACAUUCCGUCGAUUUAACACCCCCAUCUUCAUCAUCUUCAUCGUCAACACCAGUGCUAUCCAAUAACACGAAUUCAUCGAUUCGUCGGUCGACAGACGACGAUGAUUCAGAUAUUGAUAUUGAAACGUUACCAUCGCCUAUUUGUAAAAGACUUCGCGGUGAUUAUAGUGAAAACGGCAAGUACCAUAAUAAUACAAAUCAAUAA